UGACCAUCUUAUACAUUAAUGAAAAAGUUAAUUAGCCCUUGAUAAAUUUCCCCCCACUACAAAUUUAUUGGCUCAACUUUCUCUAAGCAUGAUUAAGUUGGUACUAAACAUUGAAAUUGUUUAAUUAAUUUUGAUCCUAUAUAUAGACCACUCCCCCACAUUUCUCACUCGCACACCAACCAAAACUCCCUCUCUCUCUCUCGACGAUGGAAAUUGAAAAAAGACAACCAGAAAUAGGCAAGAAAGCAUGGAACAUAGUUAGAGUAAUGGUAUACAUGAUGAGGAGAAGCAACGCGAAGAGGAAGAUGAUGGUGGAGCUCAACAGUCUUAUGAAGAAAGGGAAAAACGCAAGCAAAGCCCUAAGCAAGCUGAUCCUCCACCACCACCACCACUACUCGUGCCGAUCCAACGACGUCAACGCCUCCUUCGUGUCGCCCCGAGACUACGAGUUCAGCUGCAGCAACACCCCUCUGCCGAAGCGCAAGAAGCAUGGGCAGCACUACCAAGCCGAGGAGCUGAAAGUGAUGCACAAGGUGUUGGGUAUCCUAAGCCGCUACGAGGAGGUGGAGGCGUCCCCGGCGGGCGGGGUCGACAAGGAUGCCGAGGAGUUCAUCAACAAGUUUUACCGAGAGCUCAAGAAGCAGAGACCUAUAGACGCCUUGGCCACUCCGUCGCCGUAUCAUCAAUGGGCUACCUAAGGUAGACGCUGCAGAAUUAAUUCAAGGACUACAAAUUUAAAUUAUGUUUGUUUGCUCAAUCAAUGUGAAUUAAUUACCCUUUUACCUACGAGAUCACGUGACUCAACAUCGGAGACCAUGGACUUCAUGUUUUUUUUUUUUUUUAAUUUUAGCUUUAAAACAAGUGUGGAAGCGUGCGAAUUCUACCGAAUUUCGUAUAAUUCCAUUCUUCUUCCUUUGCUUUAUAGAUGUUUCUCUUUAUGAUAUAUGUGAUAUAUAUUAAAGGAGGUUUGCUUUUGAUGAUUUCA